CUAACGUGUAUGAUGAUGAUGAUGAUGAUGAUGAUGAUGAUGAUGAUGAUGAUGAUGAUGAUGAUGAUGAUGAUGAUGAUGAUGAUGAUGAUGAUGAUGAUGAUGAUGAUGAUGAUGAUGAUGAUGAUGAUGAUGAUGAUGAUGAUGAUGAUGAUGAUGAUGAUGAUGAUGAUGAUGAUGAUGAUGAUGAUGAUGAUGAUGAUGAUGAUGAUGAUGAUGAUGAUGAUGAUGAUGAUGAUGAUGAUGAUGAUGAUGAUGAUGAUGAUGAUGAUGAUGAUGAUGAUGAUGAUGAUGAUGAUGAUGAUGAUGAUGAUGAUGAUGAUGAUGAUGAUGAUGAUGAUGAUGAUGAUGAUGAUGAUGAUGAUGAUGAUGAUGAGGAUGAGGAUGAGGAUGAGGAUGAGGAUGAUGAUGAUGAUGAUGAUGAUGAUGAUGAUGAUGAUGAUGAUGAUGAUGAUGAUGAUGAUGAUGAUGAUGAUGAUGAUGACGAUGAUGAUGAUGAUGAUGAUGAUGAUGAUGAUGAUGAUGCUGAUGAUGAUGAUGAUGAUGAUGAUGAUGAUGAUGAUGAUGAUGAUGAUGAUGAUGAUGAUGAGGAUGAGGAUGAUGAUGAUGAUGAUGAUGAUGAUGAUGAUGAUGAUGAUGAUGAUGAUGAUGAUGACGAUGAUGAUGAUGAUGAUGAUGAUGAUGAUGAUGAUGAUGAUGAUGAUGAUGAUGAUGAUGAUGAUGAUGAUGAUGAUGAUGAUGAUGAUGAUGAUGAUGAUGAUGAUGAUGAUGAUGACUCUGCUUGA